AUGAAGGCUUCCACCGCGCUGGCACCUGGCGUUCUGCUGCUGCUGCUGCUGCUGCUGACCUUGGCGCAGAGGAGCCAUGGGGAGUGCAAGGAGGCCCUAGUGAAGUCUGAGAUGAACGUGAACAUGAAGUACCAGCUUCCCAACUUCACCGCAGAAACCCCCAUCCACAAUGUCGUCCUCCAUGGGCACCAUAUUUAUCUCGGAGCCACAAACUACAUUUAUGUUUUAGAUGACAAAGACCUUCAGAAGGUAUCUGAGUUCAAGACCGGGCCCGUGGUGGAACACCCAGAUUGUUUUCCUUGUCAGGACUGCAGCAGCAAAGCCAAUGUGUCAGGAGGUGUUUGGAAAGACAACGUCAACAUGGCCCUGCUGGUUGACACUUACUAUGACGACCAGCUCAUCAGCUGUGGCAGCGUCAACAGGGGGACCUGCCAAAGGCAUGUCCUUCCUCCUGACAAUGCUGCCGACAUUCAGUCCGAGGUUCACUGCAUGUUCUCCCCACUUGCGGAGGAAGAGUCAGGCCAGUGUCCCGACUGUGUAGUGAGUGCCCUGGGAGCCAAAGUCCUCCUGUCUGAAAAGGACCGGUUCAUCAAUUUCUUCGUGGGGAAUACGAUAAACUCUUCCUACCCUCCCGAUUAUUCAUUGCAUUCGAUAUCGGUGAGGCGACUGAAGGAAACCCAGGACGGUUUUAAGUUUUUGACAGACCAGUCCUACAUCGAUGUCCUGCCAGAAUUCCGAGAUUCCUACCCCAUCAAGUACAUACAUGCCUUCGAAAGCAACCAUUUUAUCUACUUUCUGACUGUCCAGAAGGAAACCCUAGAUGCUCAGACUUUCCAUACAAGAAUAAUCAGGUUCUGUUCUGUAGACUCUGGGUUGCACUCCUACAUGGAAAUGCCUCUGGAGUGCAUUCUGACGGAAAAAAGAAGGAAGAGAUCCACAAGGGAAGAAGUGUUUAAUAUCCUCCAAGCCGCGUACGUCAGUAAACCGGGGGCCAAUCUUGCUAAGCAAAUAGGGGCCAGCCCGUAUGAUGACAUUCUCUACGGGGUGUUUGCACAAAGCAAGCCAGAUUCUGCUGAGCCCCUGAACCGAUCAGCGGUCUGUGCAUUCCCCAUCAAGUAUGUCAACGACUUCUUCAACAAGAUUGUCAACAAAAACAACGUGCGGUGUCUCCAGCAUUUUUAUGGACCCAACCACGAGCACUGUUUCAAUAGGACCCUGCUGAGAAAUUCAUCGGGCUGCGAAGUGCGCAGUGACGAGUACCGGACGGAGUUUACCACGGCGCUGCAGCGUGUGGAUUUAUUCAUGGGUCGGCUCAACCAUGUUCUCUUGACGUCUAUCUCUACCUUCAUCAAAGGUGACCUCACCAUUGCUAAUCUAGGGACAUCAGAAGGUCGCUUCAUGCAGGUGGUGCUCUCUCGCACGGCACAUUUCACCCCCCAUGUGAAUUUCCUCCUGGAUUCCUAUCCUGUGUCUCCGGAAGUUAUUGUCGAACAUCCGUCAAAUCAAAAUGGCUAUACCUUGGUGGUCACAGGGAAGAAGAUCACCAAGAUUCCACUGAAUGGCCUAGGCUGUGGGCAUUUCCAGUCCUGCAGUCAGUGUCUCUCUGCCCCCUACUUUAUACAGUGUGGCUGGUGCCACAAUCGGUGUGUGCAUUCCGAUGAAUGCCCCAGCAGUACAUGGACUCAAGAGAUCUGCCUGCCAGCAGUUUAUAAGGUUUUCCCCACUAGUGCACCCCUCGAAGGAGGAACAAUGCUGACCAUAUGUGGCUGGGACUUUGGAUUCAAGAAGAAUAAUAAAUUUGAUUUAAGGAAAACCAAAGUUCUGCUUGGCAACGAGAGCUGUACCUUGACCUUAAGCGAGAGCACGACAAAUACGUUGAAAUGCACAGUUGGCCCCGCGAUGAGUGAGCACUUCAACGUGUCUGUGAUCGUCUCGAACAGUCGAGAGACAGCACAGUACAGUGCGUUUUCCUAUGUGGAUCCUGUAAUAACAAGUAUUUCUCCGAGGUAUGGUCCUCAGGACGGAGGCACCUUACUCACUUUGACUGGAAAGUACCUCAACAGCGGCAAUUCUAGACACAUUUCAAUCGGAGGGAAAACAUGUACUUUGAAAAGUGUAUCCGAUAGCAUUCUCGAAUGCUACACCCCAGGCCACACCGUCUCUGCCGAGUUUCCCGUGAAAUUGAAAAUCGACCUGGCUGACCGAGUGACAAGCAGCUUCAGUUACCGGGAAAACCCGGUUGUCUCUGAAAUCCACCCGACCAAAUCUUUUAUCAGUGGUGGAAGCACAAUAACAGGGAGUGGAAAGAACCUGAAUUCAGUUAGCACCCCAAAGCUGGUAAUAGAAGUGCAUGAAGUGGGCGUGAACUACACCGUGGCGUGCCAACAUCGCUCGAGUUCAGAGAUCAUCUGCUGUACCACUCCUUCCCUGCAACAGCUGGACCUGCAACUCCCCCUGAAGACCAAAGCCUUCUUCCUGCUGGACGGGAUCCUUUCCAAACACUUUGAUCUCACUUACGUACAUGAUCCUAUGUUUAAGCCUUUCGAAAAGCCAGUAAUGAUCUCCAUGGGCAAUGAGAAUGUAGUGGAAAUUAAGGGAGACGAUAUUGACCCUGAAGCAGUUAAAGGUGAAGUGUUAAAAGUCGGGAAUAAGAGCUGCGAGAAUCUCCACUGGCAUUCUGAUGCUUUGUUGUGUACGGUCCCCAGUGACCUGCUGAAGCAGAACAGCGGCGAGCUAAAUAUAGAGUGGAAGCAAGCAGUCUCUUCAACUGUCCUUGGAAAAGUGAUCGUUCAACCGGAUCAGAAUUUUGCAGGAUUGAUCAUUGGUGCGGUCUCAAUAUCAGUAGUAGUUUUAUUAUUAUCCGGGCUCUUCCUGUGGCUGAGAAAGAGAAAGCAUAAAGAUCUGGGCAGUGAAUUAGUUCGCUAUGACGCAAGAGUACACACUCCUCAUUUGGAUAGGCUUGUAAGUGCCCGAAGUGUAAGCCCAACUACAGAGAUGGUCUCAAAUGAGUCUGUAGACUACAGAGCUACUUUUCCAGAAGACCAGUUUCCCAACUCCUCUCAGAAUGGAGCCUGCAGACAAGUGCAGUAUCCUCUGACAGAUCUGUCCCCGAUCCUGACGAGUGGAGACUCUGAUAUAUCCAGCCCAUUACUACAAAACACUGUUCACAUUGACCUCAGCGCUCUAAAUCCAGAGCUGGUCCAAGCGGUGCAGCACGUAGUGAUUGGACCCAGUAGCCUGAUUGUGCAUUUCAAUGAAGUCAUAGGAAGAGGGCAUUUUGGCUGUGUCUAUCAUGGGACUUUGUUGGACAGUGACGGAAAGAAAAUUCACUGUGCUGUGAAAUCCUUGAAUAGAAUCACAGAUAUAGAAGAAGUAUCCCAGUUUCUGACUGAGGGAAUCAUCAUGAAAGAUUUCAGCCACCCCAAUGUUCUCUCACUCUUGGGAAUCUGCCUGCGGAGUGAAGGGUCCCCUCUGGUGGUUCUGCCCUAUAUGAAGCACGGAGAUCUUCGCAAUUUCAUUCGAAAUGAGACUCAUAACCCAACUGUGAAAGAUCUUAUAGGAUUCGGUCUUCAAGUAGCCAAAGGCAUGAAAUAUCUUGCCAGCAAAAAGUUUGUCCACAGAGAUUUAGCUGCAAGAAACUGCAUGUUGGAUGAAAAAUUCACUGUCAAGGUUGCUGAUUUCGGUCUUGCCAGAGACAUGUACGACAAAGAGUAUUAUAGCGUCCACAACAAAACGGGUGCGAAACUACCGGUGAAGUGGAUGGCUUUAGAGAGUCUGCAGACGCAGAAGUUCACCACCAAGUCAGACGUGUGGUCCUUCGGUGUGCUUCUCUGGGAGCUCAUGACGAGAGGAGCCCCUCCUUAUCCUGAUGUGAACACAUUUGAUAUCACUAUCUACCUGUUGCAAGGCAGAAGACUCUUGCAACCAGAGUACUGUCCAGACGCCUUGUAUGAAGUGAUGCUAAAAUGCUGGCACCCCAAAGCAGAAAUGCGCCCAUCAUUUUCUGAACUGGUCUCCAGGAUAUCCUCAAUCUUCUCCACUUUCAUUGGGGAGCACUACGUCCAUGUGAACGCUACUUAUGUGAAUGUAAAAUGUGUUGCUCCAUAUCCUUCUCUGUUGCCAUCCCAAGACAACAUUGACGGUGAAGCGAACACAUGACGGAUAAGAGGCCCGCCAGCCCCCUUCUAAGAAACAGUACUGGCCUAAACCAGUCUAUACCUUCUUCAACAGUUCUCACUGCCUGGCCUUUGGAAGGUCACCCAACAUUUCUUGUUGUUGUUGUUGUUGUUUUGUUUUUCUUGUUUUUGUUUGCUUUGGCCAUAACUGCAGCACAAUGAGACACUGACUUGCUGUUUCAAAUUCCCGGAUUCUAAGGGAUUUCUCAUCUGACAGUGCAUUGGAAACAGAAUCGUGCUCCCCACAGGCUGGGGACCAACGGCCGCCUGCAGCUAUGACAGCACUCCUGUCUCAGUGGAGUUCUAAAUCUCAGUUCUGGCUUGAAGGUUUUAAAAAUCAGGUUUUUUUUUUGUAUAUAUAUAUGGAUACAGAUACAAUGAACUUUGAAGAUUUCUCAUAGAAAACGCAGAAGAGAUGGCCUCGCUCAAGUUAAAUGUGGCGGUCCCAGCAGGCUGCUUGUUGGAAUUCCAGUAUUUUAAAAAUAUUUUUGUUGUGUUGUGGUCAUGAACAUUUUCCAUUUCUGAUAUUGUCUACCCAUCAGGCAAACAUUCCCGUUUAAACAUUUAUAUACACAUUCCUUUGGUUGGAGGAAUAGCCACAGACAAUGCACUUAUUUUCAAAAUAGCAUGACAUGAGGUGUGUUUAUAAAUUAUCAGGGAUUUAUGUAUUGUACAUAGAUGACAAUAGGGAGAUUUUUUCAAGAAAUAACUUUGUUACAGUAAAAUAUUUGUCAUUUAAAACUCAGCUGUUUAGCGAGGAGUGUUGGCUCACACCUACAAUCCCAGCAUUUGGGAAGCUGAGGGAGGCAGACUUCCACAAGUUUGAAACCAACCUUGGCUACCUAAUGAUUUACAGGCCAGCAUGGGUUACAGUGUCUGUCUUAGCGAACAAACAUUCAACUCUUUGAGGAGGAUUUUGUUCUGAUCUAAUGAAUGUGAACAUUAAAAAUUUUUAUCUGUUUUUUAAUGGCAACUUUGAGAAUAAGUAACUUGUGGUGGUAAAUCUUUUUAGAGGCAACUCAGUAUGUUUUUAAAGGCCAAUAAGACUGAAUGAAGAGUUCACUAUUCCCAGUCACUGCUAAUGUGUAGAACAAAGAAAGGGUCAAUGGACAAGAAAUAUAUACUGUUUUUCAGGAGGAGCCUUCUCACCUAAAACAAUUGAAUCCAACACUUUGGGGAAGUCUCAUUUUUUUUUUGCAUUAGGGCAUAUUUUAGGUUAAACAAAAGCAUAUUUUAGAAACCAACAAAAGGCCAAUUGAAAAUCUUGGAUGAAUAGUUACUCUGGACAGGGCUUUGGAUGUGUUCUGCUCUGUGGAAUUUUGUGCUUACUACUGUAUAGUGCAUGUGGCUUAGGUUGCUCUAGCUGGUUUUGUCCGUGUAAACAUUGAAAGUAUUAUAUUUUUAUAGAAAUGUUUAUUUUUUAAUGAUGUAUGAAAAUUUUUGUUAGGCCGCAGAAGUAUGGGAGGUAUGUGAGACUGGGUUCGGCAGCAGCCUGAUUUUUUUUUUUAAAUGGCUGUAAGUUGUGAUAAGGAAGUGUACUGAUUGCCAGUACACUCCACCCUCAUUACGUCACCGGGACUUGGAGCCAAGGGUUAAUAGAGCAAGCUAUGACAUGGGUGUGCUCUGCUGAGACCCAAUAGUUGAAUUUGGCUGUUGUUGCAGGAAAACGAUGGCAAUCAACAGGUCUUUGAUGGUGGUGGAACAUAUCAGAACCCAUAAGGAACUGUAGUCGAGAUUUAUUUCAAUUCAGAUGUUACCGCUUCGUAACUAUGAAGAGUAGUGCCAGUUCACAGAGCACUGUCAAUGGCUGACAGCAAAACAUGAUCUGCUCUGCAGAAAGAGUUGACUGCCAUUACGAGGCCAAGAGAAUGAACAGAAAAUGGCACCAGGAACAGAAAGAGCUGUGGGAGACACCCAUACCUGUAUAUACAUGCCCCAGAAAGCUGUAAUGUGAACAUCAUGUUUCCUAUUUAUGAACCUUCCUAGGGCAAUGCGUCUGGACAGACUGUGAGAGGAAGUCAUUCUCCUAAGAUACUUGUCACUGCCUUUACCUGCACUUGAGCUGAAUGGUACUCCGUGUGUUAAUAAUUGUUCUGGUAAAUCAUACAGUGAAAAUAAAAUGACGUAACAUCUUGUAUACUGUGA